AUGUCUUGUAAAACUGUACUUGCUUCCAAGGUGUCUGCUUCUUUCAGAGAUCAAAUAAAGAAAGAUAUCAAGGAGCGUGAUAUUCAUCCCAAGUUGGUCGGUUUUCUUGCUAAUGAAGAUCCUGCUGCUAUGAAGUAUGCUGAAUGGACAGCCAAGACUUGUGCUGAAACCGGCGUUGAUUUUGAGCUUCGUAAGGUAUCCAAGUUAGAGUUGGAAGAGAAGAUUACCGAAGCAAACGAAGAUGCAUCUGUUAAUGGUAUCAUGGUAUAUUACCCUGUAUUUGGUGGAAAGCAGGACUUAUACCUUCAAAGUUGUGUUAGUGAGCUCAAGGAUGUUGAAGGUCUCUGUCAUAAAUUUGUGCACAAUGUCUAUCAUAAUAUUCGUUAUAUGGAUAAAGAAGAGACCAUGAAAUGUAUCAUUCCAUGUACUCCUCUUGCUAUUGUUAAAAUCCUAGAAUUCAUUGGCGCCUAUAACCCAGUUAUUCCAUAUGGUAAUCGUCUCUAUGGUCGUACAAUUGCUGUUAUCAACCGUAGCGAAAUUGUUGGACGUCCAUUAGCUGCUAUGCUUGCUAAUGAUGGUGCCAAAGUAUAUUCUGUUGACAUCAAUGGUAUUCAAUUAUUCACUCGUGGAACAGGUAUCCACUUGAAGGCACAUAAGGUUGAAGACACUGAUGCUACAUUGGAACAAGUUAUUCCACAGUGUGAUGUUGUCAUCACAGGUGUUCCUACUCCUAAAUACAAGUUAUCCACUUCCCUUCUCAAGGACGGUGUGAUCGCCAUCAACUUUUCUUCUUUUGCCAACUUUGAAGAUGACGUCAAGACAAGAGCAUCUAUAUUUGUUCCGUCUGUUGGUAAAGUCACUGUGGCCAUGUUGGAACGUAAUUUACUUCGCUUAUAUGAUUAUCAAAACAACUUGACUGAAAAGAACAAACAAUAA